CCCUGAGCGUCAGACAAGACAAGACACCGCUCUGUUAGAAACCGCAGACCAGGGUGGACGUUUUAAGAUGAGACUGUCGGUCGCUUUUCGCUAUGCACAUCGGAGCCACGCGAGCAUACGACGAUCACGAGCGGGUGUCAAAGUUUUAAACUCAGAGAACAGAUUCAUACCUGUUAAUAGUGCGGUUUAUCUACGGGUUCGGGAAGCAAGUUCGACCGGCGGUACAAGUGAAACGGUAGUUUGUUUUAAAAGUCAUCCACGAAAAAACGAUGGACCGCUGUAUGAAAGUGCUGUUGGUGACAUUGUUCAGAGGAGCAGAGAGGAGCUCAAAGCUAUCAGAGAACCCAACCCAGGCCUCAAACCUACACUGGCUAUCAUACAGGCUGGUGAAGAUGACGGUUUGCUGGAGGUGAAUAAGAAGAUGGCUGGAAAGAUCGGCUUGAACGUAAUGCAGAUUUGUCUUCCACACCAGUGCAGAGAGGAAGAGGUGAUCGAGGAGAUCUUGAGAUUAAAUGCGGAUUCUCGUGUUCAUGGCAUUUUUUUGCACCUUCCUCAGUCCUUUCUCUCCAAAAGUGUCUGUAAUGCCAUCAAGCCACAGAAAGAUGUGGAUGGGGUCUCUGAUCUUAAUGUUGGCCGUGUGGUGUUGGGGGAUCAGAGAGAUGGCUUUGCCUCACCUGUAGCUGGAGCUGUGCUGGAAAUGCUUGCCAGGCAUGAUGCCCCAUUGGUUGGCAAGAUGGCAGUGCUGCUGGGUCUUGAGGGACCCCUGAAGGCAACUCUUCAGUUUUUGCUGCAAAACAAUGGCAUGAUGGUGCAGACCCACCAGUGGAGCUCAAAGCACUUGCAGAAACAGAUCAUGGAUUCGGAUGUGGUGGUAUUCUUAGAAACUGGCCACAAGGGCCUCCCACCCACUUGGUUAAGACCGGGGGUGGCAGUCAUUAACCUCAGCUCAGCCCUAAUGGAAGAGCAACCUAACAGUUGGGAGCACAGGGCUGAAGCUGAAUCUAGUGCUGGAGUUGGGCCUCUAAGUGCUGCGCUUAGAAUGCAGCAUGUAGUGAGGAGCAGCAGGAGGUGGAUACAAGAACAGCAGUACCAGCCAUGGAGGCUCCGCCCACUAAAACUUCAAUCACUGUCACCUGUGCCUAGUGAUAUAGAGAUCUCCAGGGCACAGACUCCCAAACCUAUAUCCCAGCUGGCUCAGGAGAUUGGUCUGCUUCCAGAGGAGCUGGAGGCCUACGGAAACACCAAAGCCAAAGUCCAUUUGUCCCUUCUCAACCGCCUCCAACAUCAGCCUAAUGGCAAAUAUGUCCUAGUGGCAGGUAUAACUCCCACUCCUCUGGGUGAAGGGAAGAGUACAGUGACCAUAGGUCUUGUCCAGGCCCUCUCCGCUCAUCUUAAGCUCAACUCUUUCGCUUGCCUGCGACAGCCUUCCCAGGGCCCAACGUUUGGUGUCAAAGGAGGAGCGGCAGGUGGGGGAUAUGCACAGGUCAUUCCUAUGGAGGAGUUUAAUCUCCACCUCACAGGAGACAUCCACGCUAUAACAGCAGCCAAUAAUCUAGUGGCAGCAGCUAUCGAUGCCCGCAUUCUCCAUGAAGCUACUCAAUCAGACAGGGCCCUGUACAGCAGACUAGUGCCAUCUGUUAAUGGUGUGAGAUGCUUCUCUCCUAUACAGAUGGCUCGCCUACAGCAUCUUGGAAUAAACAAAUCUGACCCCAGUGGCCUCACACCAGAAGAGGUCAGGGCAUUUGUCCGUCUUGACCUUGACCCUGAGAAGGUCACAUGGCAGAGAGUUGUUGAUACCAAUGACCGAUUUCUGCGUAAGAUCACUGUUGGUCAGGCCAACACAGAAAAAGGCCAUGCUCGCCAGACCCAGUUUGAUAUUGCGGUGGCCAGUGAGAUCAUGGCUAUCCUUGCUCUGACAGAUGGACUGGCUGAUAUGCGGGCCAGGCUGGGACUUAUGGUUGUGGGCAGCAGCAGAAACGGCCAGUCGAUCACUGCAGAUGACUUGGGUGUAACCGGGGCUUUGGCAGUACUCAUGAAAGAUGCUAUCAAACCCACACUGAUGCAGACACUGGAGGGCACUCCAGUGUUUGUGCAUGCUGGACCUUUCGCUAACAUCGCCCAUGGAAACUCCUCUGUCUUGGCAGACAAGUUGGCUCUUAAACUAGUUGGAGAAGAGGGCUAUGUUGUGACUGAGGCUGGCUUUGGUGCUGACAUUGGCAUGGAGAAGUUCUUCAACAUUAAGUGUCGGACGUCUGGGCUCAGACCUGAUGUUGUGGUGCUGGUAGCCACUGUUCGGGCUCUGAAGAUGCAUGGAGGUGGACCAAAUGUUACAGCUGGUGUACCACUGCCUAAAGAAUAUAUCAAUGAGAAUUUGCAGCUGGUUGCAGACGGCUGCAGUAACCUAAAGAAGCAGAUUCAGAUCGCUCAUCUCUUUGGAGUUUCUGUGGUUGUUGCUCUGAAUGUCUUCAAGACUGACACUCAAGCAGAGAUCGAUAUGGUGUGUCGCAUCGCAGAGGCUUCUGGGGCUUCAGCUGCUGUGCAGUGUCAUCAUUGGUCCAGAGGUGGGCGGGGCUCUGUGGAGCUUGCACAUGCUGUGAAGAAAGUUGCAUCUCAGAAGAACCAUUUCCAGUUCCUGUACAAUCUGCAGGAUUCUAUUGUAGAGAAAAUUCGGACUAUUGCACAGAAGGUUUAUGGUGCUGAUGAUAUUGAGCUUUCACCUGAGGCUCAAGCUAAGAUAGACCACUACAAUCAACAGGGUUUUGGUGCUCUUCCCAUCUGCAUGGCCAAGACCCACCUGUCUCUCUCUCAUAUGCCUGAGAAAAAAGGUGUUCCCACCGGUUUUAUCCUGCCAAUCAGAGACAUCCGUGCCAGCAUCGGGGCAGGGUUUAUCUACCCUUUAGUUGGAACUAUGAGCACCAUGCCAGGCUUGCCUACUCGACCCUGCUUCUACGACAUUGACCUUGAUCCUGUGACGGAGGAGAUAAAAGGACUCUUCUGAGGACAUUUCUGCAGUCCCAUACAUGCUUUUGACCAGUGUUCCUCAGUGUCUGUGUAGGCCUCUAUUCAUAUGCCACUGGUUACAGCUCACCCACUGCCUUCUAGCAAUGAAACUACUGAGUGUUAGAUCAACAAACAUUCCUCCUCCUUUGGUUUGUCUUUCUGUAAACCCUUCUGUUUACAUAGUGUUUUAGUGUUUACAACUUAAUGAUGCACAAAAGCUUUUAAACGCAUUCUGUAUAGCUAAAAAUUCCAUUAAUGCUUUAAUAUUUCCGUCUUAAAUGUUUCAGAUUACCUAUGGAAUAUGAUAACAGUAUUCAGGCAAACUCCAUUUCAUUUCUUUUUAUUUGAGUACUGCUACCAUUCUCCUUUAGUAACAUUAAAUCUUGUUUAACGGUUUAAGUGUUACAGCCAAAUAUGCCAUAAAUCUUAAGGCUGAGGUGCUUUUAUUUAGAUACUACACAAAACAAAAUUACAAGUGGUGCUAGUGGUUUGACACCUGUUUCUCUCUCUCUCUCUCUCUCUGAUACAAAUGUACAAGUGUUGCAUGGAUCUCACUACCUGUGUAUGCACCUUUUCAUCAUGCAUGUGGGUACAUGCCAGAAAAUCUUGUUUUAGACAUUCCACAGUUAUCUGUUAUUCUGAAUCUUAAACUACUGUGUGGGACGUGAGUAAAGAAGAAUUCCAUUGACUGUUGCAACAGUUAUGUAUGCUUGAAAACCUGUAUUUUUCCAGUGAUGAUGAUUCUACAGUUAAAAAGGCAGUCGGAGAACAAGAUGACUGGCCAGACAAAAAUAAAUCAAAAAUAAAAUUGUAUUUCAGUACAAAUACUGAACAUUGAAC